AUGGAACAACAGACACUGUCGAUUGCAAAAGCCGGAAUAAUCUGUCAACUGAACGCAAGAACAUCGGUUCUGGCCGCGGCGAAUCCAGUGGAUUCUCAAUGGAAUCAGCAAAAAACAAUCAUUGAUAAUAUUCAACUACCACAUACUCUUUUGUCCAGAUUCGAUUUGAUAUUUUUGUUAGUGGAUGCACAGGACGAGAAUUACGAUCGCAGACUGGCCAAUCAUCUGGUUUCACUUUAUUACAGAACAAACGAUGAGAAAUGCAACCGAACAAGUGGAUAUGGCACUGUUGCGAGACUAUAUUGGUUACGCGAAAACGUUUGUGCAUCCGAUAAUAGACGACGCAGCAUCACAAUG